CACACGUGCAUAAAUUUCGAUCAGUGCGGUUUCAAAAUUGCCCAUUUUUCCAACGAGACGUCACAAAAAAAAAAUACGCAAUAUGGCUCAAAUUAUCGAUGGCAAGGCAAUGUCCAAGGAGAUACGCCUCGAAUUGCAUCAAGAACUAAAGGAAUUUGUGGCUGCUGGUAAUCGAUUACCCCAUUUAACGGCCGUUAUCGUUGGGGAAGAUCCCGCCAGUCAGACCUAUGUUCAUAACAAGAUGCUUGCCUGCAAAGAGGUGGGUAUUUCCAGUGAGACCAAAAUAUUGCCCGAAUCCACCACCCAGGAUGAGUUGCUACAAUUGAUCAAUCAAUUGAAUACUGAUGAAAAUGUGACAGGUGUACUGAUCCAAUUGCCAGUACCCGAUCAUAUUGAUGAGCGUACCAUUUGCAAUGCUGUCGCUGCCGAGAAGGAUGUUGAUGGCUUUCAUGAGAUCAACAUUGGUCGUCUGGCCCUCGAUAUGGAAGGCACAAUUCCAGCUACACCGCUGGGCGUUAAAACUCUUUUAGAACGCAGCAACAUCGAGACCUUUGGCCGCAAUGCGGUUGUUGUAGGUCGCUCCAAGAAUGUUAGCCUUCCGAUGGCGAUGCUCCUGCACUCUGAUGGCAGGCAUAGCAUCAAAGGUCUUGAUUCUACAGUAACAAUAUGUCAUAGAUAUACCCCGCCCAAGGAGCUAGCUAAAUUUUGCCGCCAAGCAGAUAUCAUUGUUGUUGCAGUGGGUAAACCAGGUUUGAUCACAAAGGAUAUGAUUAAGCCGGGAGCCUGUAUCAUUGAUGUGGGCAUCAAUCGCAUCAAGGACGAGAAAACGGGAAAAUUUAAGUUAGUUGGCGAUGUAGACUAUGAAGAAGUGCGACAGGUUGCUGGACACAUUACACCGGUUCCUGGCGGUGUUGGACCAAUGACUGUGACAAUGCUCAUGCACAAUACGCUCAAGGCGGCAAAGAAGCAAAAUGCCACUCGACUAUUAAAUGUUUAAAAAUCGUACAUACAGGUGAUAUGUACAGGUACAUAUACGUACAUACAGAAGCAGCAAUAGCAGCAACAAUCCCAAGCCCGUGGCUCUCUCGCAAUAGUAUUUUUUGUCCUAUUAUUUAAAGCCAUACUAACCAUUAGUUGAUUAGAUUAACCCAAUUACCUAUUAUGACGAUUUUAUUAAAUGCCACUAAUUACUAAUAUCUAUUGAAAGAUACAAUGAAUAAAGCAUUUUAUAUACAUAUGUAAA